AUGAACGGCACAAUUAUAAAUGACUGGGUUGACGAGCCUGAUGGACGAGGGACGUGGGGUAUUCUAUCCACUUGCGUUCUAACAAUUAUUCUCUGUUGCUGGACAUCCGUGUCCCCAAAUUUACCUGCGCAAACCGAUGGCGCGUUUACGAGAUGGCGAUACAAAUUCGAUCUGGCUUGCAUUGCACUGCUUGGAUCUGAGUUCCUAUUGCUGCUGGUUCUAGGACAGUGGUCGUCCGCCCGCCGUUCUAUUAGAGAUUUCCACGACGCCGGGUAUAAAAAUUGGACGAUUAAGCAUGCCUUCUUCGCCGAUAUGGGGGGAUUUUUAAUUGAGCCUCCGGGGAUAGAUUGCUUGCCUUCAUUCCCUCUCAACGGCAAACAGCUUUUUAUUUUGGUCAAAGGGGGAUAUGUUGAUUAUCCGAGUAUAAAAAAAGAGGAAAUCGAAGAUAAGAGCAAAUCAGAUCGGCUUGCUAGAUUGAUCACAAUAGCCCAAGCCCUCUGGUUUUGCUUGAAUUGCGUCUUUCGUUUUGCACAGGGACUUCAUGUCACCACUAUCGAGCUUACCACGCUUUCCUUUAUUCUAAACUUUCUUGUGACGUCUUAUUGCUGGUAUCAUAAGCCCAUGGAUAUUGAAAGACCAGUCACUUUAAAGCUUAAGAGCUCUGUGGCUAUCAUUCGCAAAAAGCUCGACCAAAACCCAGAGUCAAAGUGGUAUGAAACGCCACUUGACUUCAUCUCUCGUAAUGAGUGGUUUUACUCUCGGUUUUGGAGAUAUUACAUUCAAAUCUCGCACUCUAUGCGAAUCCCGCUAUUUACUCGACCUACACGACGCCCGUAUGAUCGCAUUCCGAGCCAUUUCAUACCAGUGGUGGAUACCCAGGCCGAAAUCAUCUGUGGCCCAGUAAUUCUUCUCUUCAGUUCUAUUUUUUUAAUUGCGUGGAAUUAUCACUUCCCUACAGAGACAGAGAGGCUACUUUGGCGGAUUGCUAGUGUCGAUGCCCUAGCCUACGCAUUGGUUGGAGGUCUUCUUGCGCUAUACUUCCACAGAACCAUAUUCCAACCGGACCUCCCAUAUACCACAGCCCAAGCUUCAUUCGAGCAAAAAGGAGAACGGCAUGGAUGGAUUGGUCGUAUCGCUGCGAGAUUGAGAAAUAUUGAUCCUGAGCAGGACCCAAACUUGGAAAUUCCUAUUCGAGCUUUGGUUCCGAUUUCGUUUCUCUGUGCCAUUUACGCUAUUGGCAGAGGAUUUAUCUUAACAGAAGAUUUGAUUGGGUUGAGGAGUUUGCCGGAGAGUGCGUUUGAGACAGUCUCGUGGUCGAAAUAUGUACCUCACUGGUAG